AGCGGAGGUCUGGCUGUGAUGCCGCUGGAUGAUGGCUGCCUUUGGAAUACUCAGCUACGAACACCGGCCACUAAAGCGGCCCCGGCUCGGGCCUCCGGAUGUUUAUCCGCAAGAUCCCAAACAGAAAGAGACGCUGGAAAGCGAAGCUCCGUGCAAAAGCAGCCCGUCAGAUGCUCCCGCCCUCUCCUGGCCUCAGGAGGGAAAGAUUACCUUCCAGAACGUGGACAUGCGCUACCGUGACAAUCUGCCUCUGGUGCUGAAGGGCCUGACCUUCACCGUGCAGCCCGAGGACACCAUCGGCAUCGUGGGCCGCACGGGAUCAGGGAAGUCCUCUCUGGGUCUGGCUCUGUUCAGACUGGUGGAACUGGCGAGAGGCUCCAUCAUCAUUGACGGGGUUGAUAUCGCCCGGAUCGGGUUGGACGACCUGCGCAGCAAGCUGGCCAUCAUCCCUCAAGAGCCGGUGCUCUUCAUCGGCACUGUUAGGACCAAUUUAGACCCGUGGGAUCAGUACUCGGACUCACAAAUAUGGGAGGCGCUGGAGAAGACUCAUAUUAAAGACAUGGUCAGCCAACUGCCUCACUCCCUCUACUCCGAGGUGACGGAGAACGGGGAGAACUUCUCAGUGGGCGAACGGCAGCUCAUCUGCGUGGCCAGAGCUCUACUGCGCAACAGCAAGAUCCUGGUGCUGGACGAGGCGACGGCGGCCAUCGACACCGAGACCGACGGCCUCAUCCAAGAGACCAUUCGCUGUGAAUUUGGCAGCUGCACGCGCCUCAUCAUCGCCCACCGCCUCAACACGGUGAUGAACUGCAGCAAGGUCAUGGUCAUGGACAACGGCCAGAUUUUGGAGUUUGACCAUCCGGCGGCUUUGCUUUCGAAGGAAAACUCCAGAUUCCGCGCCAUGAUCGAGGCGUCUGAAAACCAAAGCAAAGAACUUUGAAUGUUACUACUGUAACAGCUGAGAAUACACAUCAUAUGCACACGGACAAAUCCAAUGACUUAAUAACCUAUGGUGGGGUUAAAAACAAGAGAAUGUGACAAAUAAUGUCAGCUGAUGUCCAAAACCAAAGACUCAAAGGAUGGCUUUGCUUCCAUGUCACGCAACCAAAUGAUACACUGCGAAUAAAACAGAGGGAGACUUCUGUCAAAGGCACUUUAAAAAGUCAUGUAGACGCGUGGAAACCAACUCCUCUGCCUCUGAGAGGACAGCUCGCUCGAGUUCUGCUCAGCCCCAGAGUUGGGCGUGGAUGAUCCCUCAGCUGUGUUACCUUGUAGCCAUUGUGGACGAGUCAGUGAUGCUGAUUUAGUUAGGAUGAGGCACUUGAAGCGCCUAUAAAAUGUACUUCUUCGAUGUUUUAAUGCAAACAUUGUGGCGGACACGUGCCUAGACGUUCUACUGUAAAGUUGAAGUUAGCCAUAUGCACGUCGUUAAAAACACUGCAUGUCGGUACUGUUAUGUUCCUCUUAAAUCUAGAUGCUGGAUUUUAAAACGGUGCACAUUUUUGCAUCGCUCCUGUUGUUUCUAAGGCCAUUUUUUUUGUUGACGGAUGCGUGUUGCAGUGGGACAAUACAGUGUGUUGAUUCUUCUCGUAGCAACAAAAACCGAAGAUUGUUGUUGUCUGCCUUACAUGGUUGAGCCUGCGCUAAACAAUCACCAGUGCAAUAUGUUGCUGUUGCAUUGCUGCAUUUUCAAGGCUGCCUUUUGUACACAGAGAUUGUCCAACUUUUUGUAAAUGGUGGGGUUUGAGAUGAUUUUUUUUUUCUUAAAUAAAAGUUUUAUUGGCU